AUGUUCAGUUUUUUAAUUAAAUUUUAUCUAUCAGACAAUAUUAAAAGCUCAAAUAAAUGAAAUCGAAUUUCGAAAGGGGUUGCUUUGGAUUAUACUGCUAAAAUGCAUGGUAUAUCAUUUUUUAAGUCAAAACCACCAAUAUUGGGAGAUUGAUCCUUCGAAGAAUUGAUAAUAGACUUCUUACAAGCCAAAUGCAUUUUUAAAAUGCCAAGAAAAUUUAAAAUCUUUUAG